AUGCCUAGUUCCUGCCAAGAUAUUCGAGCUGCGCUGGCACAAUGUCUCCAGGAGUCGGACUGCGUCAUGGUGUAUCGCAACAAACCAUCCGAUUGUCUGCGAGCUCCUCUCCUCGAAACGAUGCCCACCAAGUGUCAACAGUUAAAGAAAGGCUACGGUGAAUGCAAACGGGGAUUGGUCGAUAUGCGCAAGCGAUUCAGAGGUAACCAGCCAAUUUCUGUAAGCAAAGAGAUUGAGGGAGGAGGGGAAAGAAAUACUGGAGGUCAUAUGCUAUACGCUGGGAAACCAGCUUUUGACAGCGGGGUCAAAGAGACGAGUGGAAAUGAGCCCGAGGAGAAAGACUGGAGACAGUUGGAGAACGAAAAAUACAGAAAGGAAUAG